GAGGCCGAGGGGCCGCGCGGGCGGCGCUGGCGGCGGAGGAGUAAAGAUGGCGGCGCGGGCGUCUCCGCCUUCUGCCCCCGGCUGACGCGCUCCGGGGGAGGCGGCGGCGGCGGCGCGAGCAGCAGCGACCUAGCAGCCGGAGCGCGGCCGCGGCGGCCGAGCCCGAGCGAUGGCCGAGCUGGAGCACCUGGGCGGGAAGCGGGCCGAGUCGGCGCGCGCGCGGCGGGCGGAGCAGCUGCGGCGCUGGCGGCGCUCGCAGACCGAGCAGGAGCCCGCCGAGCGGCAGCCGCGCACCCGCCGCGGGGGCCCCCGGGUCCGCUUCGAGGACGGCGCGGUCUUCCUGGCCGCCUGCUCGAGCGGGGACACGGACGAGGUGAGGCGGCUCCUGGCCCGGGGAGCCGACGUCGACACGGCCAACGUGGACGGCCUGACAGCCCUGCACCAGGCCUGUAUUGAUGAAAAUUUUGACAUGGUGAAGUUUCUGGUGGAGAACAGAGCCGAUGUGAACCGGCAGGACAACGAGGGCUGGACGCCCCUCCACGCGGCGGCCUCCUGCGGCUACCUCAACAUUGCAGAGUACUUCCUUAACCAUGGCGCCAGUGUGGCCGUCGUGAACUGUGAAGGGGAAGUGCCCUCCGACCUUGCGGAAGAGCCUGCCAUGAAGGACCUGCUUCUGGAGCAGGUCAAGAAGCAAGGGCUUGACCUGGACCAGGCGAGGAGGGGAGAAGAGCAGCGUAUGCUGCAGGACGCCCGGCAGUGGCUCAACAGUGGGAAGAUAGAGGACAUGAGGCAGGCCCGCUCGGGGGCCACUGCGCUGCACGUGGCUGCUGCCAAGGGCUACUCCGAGGUCCUCAGACUGUUAAUUCAGGCUGGCUAUGAACUGGACAUCCAGGACCAUGACGGCUGGACACCCCUCCACGCUGCCGCACACUGGGGGGUGAAGGAGGCCUGUUCCAUCCUGGCCGAGGCGCUCUGCAACAUGGACAUCAGGAACAAACUGGGCCAGACGCCGUUUGACGUGGCCGACGAGGGCCUCGUGGAGCACCUGGAGAUGCUGCAGAAGAAGCAGAGCGUGCUUCGAAGUGAAAAAGAGACACGGAACAAGCUCAUCGAGUCAGACCUGGACAGCAGGCUGCCCGGCAGGCUCUUCAGGAACAAAGAGAAGCUGCUGUAUGAGGAGGAGACCCCCAAGUCCCACGAAGCGGAGGAAGGAAGCAAGGAGUCCAGCAGCUCCAGCUCCGAGGAGGAGGGUGAAGACGAAGCAUCCGAGUCCGAGGCCGAGAAGGAGGCGGAUAAAAAGCCAGAAGCCAUUGUCAACCAUUCCAGCUCCGAAAGCAAGAGGUGUGUCACAGAGCAGAUAGCAGCGCCGGCGCAGAACACCUUCCCAUCCACGAGACUCUCCAGCCUCAGUAACAAGCCGGGGGAGCCCGCAGACGAGUCCCCUGCUUCGUGGAGACUGGGCCUGAAGAAGACUGGCAGCCACAGCGUGCUGACCGAGGCGGCUCCCCGGGGCCGGGGCGCCGCCCUGCCCCGCUCGUCAUCCAGCCCCCGGGUCUCGGCUCUGGGGGACAGCAGAGAGAAGGACAGAGAAAACAAAAGCUAUUUUACUUCACUAACGUCCCGGAGGCUCAGCGGCACGAGUGACACUGAGGAGAAGGAGAACAGGGGAUCGGCUGUUAACCUGGUGAGGAGUGGUUCCUACACGCGGCAGCUGUGGGGGGACGAAGCCAAGGGCAGUGAGACGCCACAGACGGCUGCUCCUUCCACCUACGUGUCCACCUACCUGAAGAGUGCUUCCUUUGGUAGAAGUAGUGGCCCCACCCGCCCCUACAUUUCAGCCAAUCGCAAUGCAUCUCCUGCCACCUCACCCAUUACCAUUGGUUCAUCCACCUGUCGGGGCAGCAAGUGGCCACCUGCCUCUUCUUGUCCUGCACCGGUCAGUGCGGGGCCCACAUCUAUGCAGCAUGGCAGGACUCCUCACAAGUCCCAGGCUGACCCCACAGCGGAGAGAACCGCAGACAGCGUCUGUACCAGCACGCCUCUGUGUGUGAUCACCAACCGCCCCCCGCCCAGCACUGCCAGUGGGGUCACAACCUCCACUCUGCUCUCCAGUCCCGGGCCGGACUCGUCCGUGGAAGGCAGGGAGAGACGGAGGUCGUAUCUGACUCCUGUCCGGGAUGAGGAGGCCGAGUCUUUACGGAAAGCACGCUCCAGACAAGCUCGGCAGACCCGGAGGUCGACGCAAGGUGUGACCCUAACAGACCUGCAGGAAGUGGAGAGGACCUUCAGCCGGUCGCGCGCCGAACGACAAGCUCAGGAGCAGCCGGGCCAGAGGCCUGUGGGCCCCGGAGGGCUUGAGGGGCGUGCCGAGAAGCAGGAGUCCCCCGCCGUGCCCGCCAAGGAGGCCGGCGAGGCCCGCCAGCCCUGGGGCCAGAGUCUGGAUGAGGAGCCUCUGCAUCGUCGCCUGAGGUGUCCAGCUCAGCCAGACAAACCCACGACCCCAGUGUCCCCUUCCGCUCCGAGCCCCUCUGUCUCUGCCAGCUCCCACCUGCUGCAGCCGAGCAGAUCACCAGCCCCCGAUUCUGAGAGCUCAGAGACGAAGGAAAUGGACAAAAACGAGGGUGAAGAAGCCGACGUGGGUGAGCCGUCCUCCGACAGGCUGUCGAUCCGUGAGCGGAGGCGGGCCAGGGAACACCGCAGAGGCACCGGCAUCAACUUCUGGACGAAGGACGAAGAUGAAACGGAUGGAUCUGAAGAGGUGAGAGAAGCGUGGCACGAAAGGCUUUCUAGGUUGGACUCGGGAGGCAGUAACCCUACAACCAGCGAGUCCUACAGUGACCGGGCCUCUGCGAGAGCACGGCGCGAGGCCCGCCUGGCCUCCCUGACCAGCCGCGUGGAGGAGAGCGCCAGCAGGGAUUAUAAAAAACUCUACGAGAGCGCGCUGACCGAAAACCAGAAACUGAAAACAAAGCUUCAGGAGGCCCAGCAGGAACUGGCAGACGUGAAGUCCAGGCUGGACAAGGUGGCCCAGAGACAAGAGAAGGCUGACAGGUCCUCGGUGCUGGAGGUGGAGAAGCGGGAGAGGCGUGCCCUGGAGAGGAAGAUGUCCGAGAUGGAGGAGGAGAUGAAGGUGUUAACAGAACUGAAAUCCGACAACCAGAGGCUGAAAGACGAAAACGGCGCUCUCAUCCGAGUCAUCAGCAAACUGUCGAAAUAGAAGGGGCUCCGGGGGCCUGCGCCGCCCCAGCCCCGCUUCCAGCCCAUGCCUCCCAACCCGAAGGGGACGUGUGGGCUGGAAGGACACUUGUCCCUGAGCCCCUGCAGCGCCUCCCGCACGCCCACGCCAAGUCCUGGGACAGUUUUAACUGAAGCCUGACUGACCGUUCACGCCACAUGGAGAAGCGACCUGUCCACAGCGGAUGGGGCAGACACGUGCGGCCUCGGCCCAGACGCCAGCCUCUGGCUGCCGCUGUCCGAUGGAGGUGAGUCUGACGGCGGCCACUGCAGGCCCCUGUUUGGGACGUCACCCAGGCAGCAGGGCACGGGAAGAACUGCUGCUGGCAGAUUCCAAGCUGACACGAGUGCGUGGAGGUCUCCGCCAGUCUUCACCGCUCAGGAGCCAGCUUUCGCCUGACCCGCUCCUCCGGCCCCCGGCGGCCCUGCCUGUCCACCCCUUCAGUCUCCUUUCUCCUGCCCCUCCACCACCGUGCGCCCCCGUGUAGAUGGCAGAAAAGAGCACCCGGUCCCAGCGGGCUGGCCCUCAGGGAGCACAGUUUCUGCUGGGGUGCUCUGGACUAGAAGAGUUGCGCUGGUGGCAGCACCCCAGCCCCUCCCUGAAAGGCCAGGCCGUGGCGGCCGAGCCGGCCCUGCAGACGCUGGCAGAAAGGUGGGGCUCUGGACCCCCAGCCGCCUCCCUGCCUUGGCCCUGUCCUCUUAGCUCUGGCUCCUGGUCCUCGAGAAAUGACAUCACAAGGGGGCAUGGGGGGGCAGCUUGGUGAGAGGGGGACUCUCGCGUGGAGGAGGAGGGGAAGAUGUGCAAGCACCCAUGGACACUUGCAGCCUCAUGCCAGAGAAGACAGAAGGGGACAGCCCGUCGUGCUGUGAGGUGGGGGUGACUGACAGGCUCUGGUGUGUAGAUUUAGGGGAGAGGGUAGGUUUCUCAGCCGCCGGCAGAAGUAACUUCCUCAUAAAGGCCUACGGUGUGGGACGCCUCAGCCCACGGGGGCAUCACGGAACCCGAGAGCAGGGCCCGGCGGGCAUGUGGUCCAACUUCCCACUGUUGUGCCACGUGGACCCCCCGCCACCACAGCUGCCACCCACGGCCAGGUAGCCUCUGUGGCCGUCAUUUGCCACGCAGACACUGGGCGGCUCUAAUGACCGCAAGUUUUUCCUGACAAAUCGAGGUCUGCGGCGGGCGCUCGUGGUGUCCGUGCCUCGCUUUGGUGUGACAGCCCAGCAGACACGUGCCCUGGGGGCCGCCCCUUAAUCUCCCUUCCCGCCGACGGGUUCCUGGUGGCAUACUUCUCAUGCUUGUCACAUCUGGGCCGUCUUCCUCUAGACAUUGGCCCCUUUUACAACAUGCCUGGGCCUGGGCAGAUCACCCCCGUGGGCAGCACAGAAUUCACCCCCUGGCUCUUGAUGGUGACCCAGUAUUAAUACUUGAAGUAUCUGCUUUUAUGGGCCUUUUAGCCCCUGACCGGUUUAUUGUAAGUGUGCAGCUCGUUGGAACCCUCCUCGCUAGGGGUGGCCGGUGGCACUCAGGACGGUGUGGUCCGCCAUUGUCACUUCCUUCCAGAGAAAGUCCGCGUCGUUCUCCACGGCCUUCCGAAACGUCACGUGCUCUCACACCAGAAGCUGUAACUCAAGACCCCAGUUCCAGAAAAGGAGAUAAGCCUCCUCUGGCAAAACCCCGCUUUUGGAGCGCACGCGAUCUUCUCUCCCGUUCCCGACCGUUUUGACCGAUUUGUGAGAGAAGCUCUACUGGUGGGGUGUGGGCUGUCCUGGACGCCCGUCAGCUCAGUUCUCAGGGAAUGGGUCGUGUCCUCCGUUCGGGGAGAAUCCUCGGCUGACCGACUCUGCCAGCACGUCCUGGAUACUGGGGGACGGAUGGGGGGCGGCCGCCUCUUGCUCAGGAAAAGAAAAUUGAGUUGUUAGGAAGACGUCUUGUCCCUCCCCCGUGCACCGCGCUGGGGCUGGAGGGCCCCAGCCUCCCUCAGACCUGCUUGUGCCUUUCCAAACGCGGGACAGGUUCUCAGAACUCUCCCCUCCUGGCCCCUCCCUCGUGAAGAUGCCUUUUCUUGCCAGAAAGUUUUCCUCGUGAUGAAAGAGUUACUAGCUUUUCAGUCUCAGGAAUACUGGGUUCUUUGGCCAAGAACCGUGAGAGUGCAGGCCCUCCUGGUGACUUGAGGUCCCCUCGUCACGACACAUGGGCUCCAUCCCGCUGUCCUUCCAGAGAAUAAAGCCGUGUCCUCAGCUCCGUCCUCGGGGGCUGCAGCCCCCGCCCUCACCCGCUUUUCAGACACUGCAGCAGCCCAGCAGCUCAGGCCAACGGCGUGGGCCCAGGCCUGCCGCUUCAGUCUUUGCAUGAAUAUCGGGAUAGGAGAAGGCUCUCAGCUCAGCUCCUCACCCUCUGUUCUCAUUAACUUGAUUUCCAAAGCCCAGCCGCACCCCCGGAGGAGUGCCUGGCCGUGCACAGUCUCUGGCUGGACUUGAGCUACUCCGCCCGUCGGCGUCCCAAGGGCUCUCCCCUCUCCCAGACCGCUCGGGCGUGGUGACCUGGCCCAGCCCUGUGUCUAGUGCAGCCUGGGUGUUGCCGGUAAAGAAUGUACAGAGCAGCCGAGCCCUGGACUUGUGGCCGACCCUCCGCGGGGUGGGCCCCUUUGAGGGUUCCUGGGGCUGCACCCCUCAUCUGCGACUGCAGGAUGCAUCUGCUGCUCCCUGGGGCCCCCACCCCUUGCUCACCUUCCUAGAUUCCCUGGUUGCUCUGAGGCCCCUGGUGAGGGAGGUGUCCCAUCUCUGGGGCCGUUCCCCCCUCCCCCCGCCCUAAAUGAGACAUACGCCUGCUGGACCUUCCACUCAGGAAGCAAGGAGGCUGGAACCCCACGUACCAGCCUGUGGGUCCCACACAUGUGUGGGGACCACCAGGGGCUUUAAUGAGCCACAGCUGAGGGAAAGGAAACUGAGCCAGGCGCCUGCUUCAGGCCCUGACUCCUGGCAGCCCAGGCCGCCAGCACGGGAGGUGGCAUGCGGGCAGCGCGCUUCACAGCGCAGCCAGCCUGCUCGCUCCUCAAAAGGGGAAGCCGACGGGGCUCGGCAAGCAGGCCAGCGGGAGUGGGUCCUGGCCCACGCCCCGGGGGAGCCACGGUUCCCGAGCUUAUCUGUGUGCCGCGUCCUUCCCUCCGAGCCACUCUUUAUACCGGUGCCACCCCAGCUCUGGGCGCACAGCUGUCAGGCCAAGACCUCGGUCCUGUGGCAGCGAGAGAAUGAUCCUGAGUGAGAGCUCAGCCUGGGGCUCCACCGAGCGUCUCCUCGGCCCCAAGCGCUGUCGGAGUCAGGGGGUCCACGCCGCUUACGAUGGCCUUUCCUAGAGCAGGCCGGAGGAGGAUGCCGGGGGCCCGGAGGGGUUUGCAGAGUCAGGUCCACAGGGCUUGAAAGAACCGGACAUCAGGUGACAGGGCAGGGGCCCUGCACAGGAGGGGUCUCCGGAGCAGGGGAGCGCGUCGGAGAUUUUAAUCAGCCCCCUGAUGGCGAUCGACCUGCUCAGGAGCGGCAGACCCUAGCAAGGAUGGUAUUGAUGCUUCUGUUCUGAUUAGAUUGGAAAGCAAAUCAGCUCCGUUGCAGCCCAGGAAAUGCCAUUGUCAGCUCCUAGGGAAUGGGUGGUCUCGGGGGCUGAGAGCCGGCCAGCAGGUGCACGUCCCCUUUGAGAAUUGUGGCCGAGGGUCAAAACCAAACCUGGGUGUGGAGCCCAUCCUUGGGGAGAAGUGUUGGUGACAAGUAGGCCCCACUGACCAGCACUCUGGCCUCGCUCACCCUGAGAGGUUUGGCGACCGGAGCCGCCUGUGGCAGCAGCCACAUUUGCCAACCGGGAGCUUUGGAGAGCAAGUCUGGGUGUCCUGGAGCCCCACAGCCACUUCUCUGAGCCACGUCCAGUCCAUUGGUGUCCCAUUCUGGGCGGUGAAUCCACCAGAGCAAACGUCCUGUUUUUUCUCCCCCAGACUCCCUACAGCGCGUCUAGUAAACUCGUGCUUGGGUGGCCCCUCAGGAUGUUCACGUCCCUCCAGGACACACGCCGCCUGCUGUCUCGCCCCCACACCCUUUAUUCCUUGCUCUCCUCACUCGGAGCUGAUGGUGCUUUCGGGAAGGUUUUCCACGAACCAGCCAAGACCAGAGCUGCCUGGCGGGGUGACACCCGGCCGACCCCAGGUCCCCGUAGCCGGGCCAGGGGCAGCAUGUCUGGUUUGCUCGGGCCUCGUCCUGAGAGGUGGAAACUGUGUCCUCGCAGAAAAAAUCUGACCAUUGGUGUAUCUGGACGCUGAGCCCGGGAGGCUUGCUGUCUGGGGGCCGCGAACCUUCCCACCAACCAGACUCGGGGGCAGGAGCAGGUCCUGGGAGGCGCAUGUGCUGGACACCACUCACUGCCCUCACCUGAGUGUCCGGGACCACACACCUGCCCGAAACCUGGGGCAGAUCCCAGCUUGUCCCCAGGGGAGCCGAGGCCAGGUGACAGGCCAAGGAGGGACACGGGUGGGCGGCACCGAGCACCGGGCAUAGGUUCUGGGCAGCAGCCCCUCAGGCCAGCACUCCUGAGCCCACCACCUGGCUGGCACCUAGUCUCCCUGAAGAGGGACGGAGCGUGUCACCCUGCGUCCCCGUCCUGGAGGACAGUGGCUCCGGACUCAGGCUUGGCUCUGGUUUCUCUCCCUGACGGGGUGCGAAGGGCUUCUGAGAACCACGCGGGUCUCAGUGCCUCUCCCACCUGAGGGGAGCGUGUCUUUCUCCGCCCGCUUCGCCCUCACCCCCCACCGCAGCCCGCUGUAAAUACGCCCCGGGUGGGGUGGGGACGGGGACGGGGACGCCAGGCCCGCUUUGUGAACUGAAUGUACUUCUAUGCGACUUUGAGUGGCCUUUCAACCCUGAGAUGAAUUUGUUUUACUGGUGGUUGUUAUAUAGUAUUAUUAAGUAUAGUGUUUGAAAGUUUGGGAAUAGUAACAUUCACAUUCUGUGAUGCCUGUGAACACAACAGUAUUUAUAAAUCAGUAAAUAAAACUGUGUUUUAAC